GUCUCGCCAAAUGACAGAGUAGGAAUUGGUUUGAUGUUUGAUUGUUGUGGUUUUGCGCUAGCGCUACUAGUCUUUGGGUUUCCAAGCUCUCUUGAAUAUAUAUUUUAAUAUUUUCUGUUAAAGUAGAUAAUGCCAAUUUUUACAUUCGGCUAAUUUUGACUUAAGAUUAAAUAGCUGCAUUUUUGCUGCAUUUAUUUGACCAUGGAUGAAAAACCUAACCUAGGACUAGUGGUUUUAGCUGUUUCAACUUUAUACACAAAUCCGGAUAAGACGGAAAAGGAAAAAGCCUCAGAAUGGCUUUUAAAUCUGCAAAAAUCCGUACAUGCAUGGACAGUUGCAGACGAACUUUUACAUCAAAAACCCGACUUGGAGUCGUGUUAUUUUGCUGCUCAAACUAUGAGAACCAAAAUACAUCAGUCAUUUCAUGAGCUCCCUUUGGAAGUUCAUAUGGCUCUCAGAAAUUCUUUGUUAGAACAUAUUAGUCAAAUCAAUGAAGCAACAAAUACAGUGAUAACUACUCAGUUAUGUCUAGCCUUAGCAGAUUUAAUACUGCAAAUGCCGUCCUGGCAAAGAGCGCCAUUGGAUCUAAUAAAUCGUUUUUCUCAUCAAUCUUAUAUAUGGCCUUUGCUGGAAAUAUUGACAGUCUUACCCGAGGAGUUAGAUAAUCGAUCAGUGCGUUUAGGAGAGAAUAGAAGAACUGAAGUCUUAGCAGAUCUGAAACACUGCGCGCCUACGAUACUUGAGUUCCUAAUACAUUGUUGUACAGUAUAUGGUAGUAGCGUGAAUGAGCACACACAUAUAAUAUCUAGAACAUUAAGAUGUUUUACAUCGUGGGUGUAUGUAAAAGCCAUCGUACUGGACGGGCUUUCAGAUAGUGUCGUACUGAAUUUGGCAUUCGAUAUUUUGGAUUUUAAGCCACAUGAGGGCAAACAAAGUUCGGGAGCAUUAUGUGAUGCAGCUACAGAGUGUAUUUGUACUGUGUUACAAUCUCUUGAAGAUAAUAACAAUCAACAAGCUUUAGAAAAUUACUUGUUCACAAACAUUUUGAAAUUGGAGGUUUCAUAUCAUAUUUCAGUUGCCAAUGAAGAUGAAAGCAAAUCUGUGGACUAUUGCAGGUUAUUUACCGAAUUAGGAGAAUCAUUUUUAGAGAAAAUUAUAUCCAGCAACAGCGCCGCUCAUUUCCAACAUGCGGUGAAAGUGUUUGACUUAAUUUUAAUGUGUGUUGGACAUCACCAUUACGAAGUUGCCGAAUUAACGUUUACUUUAUGGUACGUUUUGAGCGAAGAACUUUACCAAAAAAACAAUAAAGAAUUGACAGAACUGUUCAAACCGUAUAUUGAAAGGUUGAUAACAGCACUUUGCAGACAUUGUCAAAUGGAGCCCGAUUGUGAGGGGCUAUUGGAUGACGCAGACGAAUUCAAAGAUUUUCGAGAAAAAGUCUCGGAACUGAUUAAAGAUGUAGUGUUUAUCGUGGCAAGUGAUAGUUGUUUCAAGCAAAUGUUUUUAAAUACGCAAGCUCCGGGAGUUACUUGGGAUCAGACAGAAGCUGCCUUGUUUGUAAUGCAAGCUGUUGCCAAAAAUGUUUUACCGACUGAAAAUGAGGUGGUUCCAAAGGUAGUGGAAGCAAUAUUAAAUAGUCCAUCAUCAACCCAUUUAGCUGUAAGAUAUACAUCGGUUCUAUUGUUGGGGGAAUUAUCAGAAUGGAUAGAAAAGCAUCCUCAAGUUUUAGACCCUAUUUUAAAUUUUAUAGUUCAAGGUUUAGCUGUUCCCGGAUUAGGAGCUGCAGCCGCAUCAGCACUGCAAAAUAUUUGUUUAAAGUGUAGCACAAGCAUGACUAGACAUAUUACGAUACUGCUGCAAUUAUUACAUCAGGUGGAUUCAUUAUCUGUCACUAAUACUGCAGUUAUCGGCAUAUUGAAAGGUGUGGCAGCUAUUUUAAACGUAAUGCCCCAUUCUGAAAUAACUGUAUUACUUCGUGAGUUAUGCUUUAUGCAGCUAACUCCUCUGAUACAGCUCAUUGACCAAGACGUAGUACCCAUUAAAGGCACGACAUCCGAUCCGGUUUUGUGGCUUGAUAGGCUUAGUUCUGUGAUGAGACAUGUCUCUAUAACGGGCGUUCGAGAUGGUGACAUCCACCCGUGCAAGCCAGUGGUUAUAGAUAUUUGGCCUAUUUUAUCUAAAACGUUUAAUAAGUAUCAGAAAGAUGAUAGAAUAAUGGAGUCGGUUUGCAAAAGUGUAAGAUUUAUGCUAAGAUGUGCAAGUCAACAUGUUUGUGAAGUGCUGGAAGGCUUAGUUAGCCAAAUAACAGGAAUUUAUUGUGAAUACAAACAUUCCUGUUUCCUAUACGUUGGCAGUAUAUUAGUAGAUGAAUAUGCCAGCAACCCACAGUGUGUCGGAGGUCUUCUAGAUAUGUUAGAGGCCUUUAUAAAGCCUACAUUCCAUAUGCUGGAAACCAUGGAUGGUUUAAAGAACCAUCCGGACACUGUAGAUGAUUUUUUCCGGUUGACUGGACGGUUUGUUCGACGUGCCCCAGUUCCAUUCCUAAGGUCUGCCGCUAUUUUACCAAUUAUUCAGUGCGGUUUAUUUGCUUCCUGUCUCGACCACAAAGAUGCAAACGCAGCUGUAAUGAAGUUCUUUCAUGAUCUGAUAUAUCAGGGUCAGAGUGCUCAUUCAGCCCCAGACUUUAUGGAAAGGCGAGAGCUGGUGAAGGGCAUUUUAGAUCAAUUCGGACAGCAACUGGUUACUUCUUUGUUGCAGGCUUGUGUAUUUUACUUACAUACUUAUAUGCUUUCGGAGGUUGGCGAUGUUUUUGUGGAAAUGCUUGAAUUUACAAGAGAAGAAGCAAGUAGAUGGAUUGUUAGUGGUCUGGAUACAUUGCCGAAACAAAAUAAUGGAGGAUUACUAACAGCCACUCCAGCACAAUUAAAUGACAUCCACGUGAGCCUAAUCAGGUCAAAUUCAUCCAAAUCUGUGACGCAUGCACUAAAAGACUUGAUUCGACUUUAUAGAUAAGUCUCAACCUAAUGGUCACCAUGAUGUCUGUGUAAUAUAGUUAUUUAAGUUUUAUUAAAUGAUUGUGUAACAUAGAAUUUUUAAUUAUCGUUGAUAAUUACUGAAAUAAAUAAUGGUUGUUAAAUCU